AUGGGCCGGAGGAAAGCGCCGGGCACUGGCUCUUUGGGCCGGGCCCUCAUCCGACAUCAGACUCAGCGCAGCCGUAGCCACCGCCACACCGACUCCUGGUUACAUACAAGUGAACUCAAUGAUGGCUACGAUUGGGGUCGUCUUAAUCUUCAGUCAGUGACUGAACAAAGCUCCCUGGAUGACUUCCUUGCGACUGCAGAACUUGCAGGAACCGAGUUUGUGGCUGAGAAGUUGAAUAUUAAAUUUGUGCUUCCUGAGGCUAGAACUGGACUACUGUCUUUUGAGGAGAGCCAAAGGAUUAAGAAACUCCAUGAAGAAAAUAAACAGUUCUUGUGUAUACCAAGAAGACCAAAAUGGGACAAACAAACUAGUCCAGAAGAGCUCAGACAAGCAGAGAAAGAGAACUUUUUAGAAUGGAGACGUCAGCUUGUCCGGCUAGAAGAGGAACAAAAACUGAUAAUGACUCCUUUUGAAAGAAACUUGGACUUUUGGCGCCAACUCUGGAGGGUCAUUGAGAGAAGUGAUAUUGUGGUCCAGAUAGUAGAUGGUCGAAACCCACUCCUGUUUAGAUGUGAGGAUUUGGAAUGUUAUGUGAAAGAACUGGAUGACAAUAAGGAGAAUGUUAUUUUGAUCAAUAAGGCAGACUUGUUGACUGCUGAGCAGCGGAGUGCCUGGGCCUCAUACUUUGAAAAAGAAGGUGUGAAGGUUAUUUUCUGGUCAGCUUUGGCAGAAGCCAUUCAACUGAGUGGUGACGCAGAGGAGCAAGUCAAUGGAGAUGCUAGAGAAACUGACACAACUGAGUUUGAGAACUCUGACUCUGAUGAGGCUGAAAUUCCACACAAUGAGACUGCACAUCUCUCAGGCAGGGAUUCUCCCUCAAUUAGUGAAGGUGCCUCCAGUGAUGGAGACGACAGUGACUAUGAGGACUGUCUGGAGGAGGAGGAAGAAGAUUGGCAGACGUGUUCAGAAGAAGACAGUGCCCUUGAAGGAGAGUCCCACGGCCAAGACUGGAUGAAAAACUGUACUUUAGAUUCUGACGUUCAGGGCAGAAAAACCCCACAGAGGAGGCAAACACACAAUUUUAGUCAUCUGGUAUCGAAACAGGAAUUACUGGAGAUCUUCAGACAGCUACAUACUGGGAAGAAGGUGAAAGAUGGACAGCUUACUGUUGGGCUGGUGGGGUAUCCAAAUGUUGGGAAGAGUUCGACAAUCAACACCAUCAUGGGUAACAAGAAAGUGUCCGUGUCUGCCACACCUGGCCACACCAAACAUUUUCAGACUCUGUAUGUGGAGCCUGGCCUCUGCCUGUGUGACUGCCCAGGCCUGGUGAUGCCAUCCUUUGUCUCUACCAAGGCUGAGAUGACUUGCAGUGGAAUCCUGCCAAUAGACCAGAUGAGAGAUCACGUCCCACCUGUAUCAUUAGUUUGCCAGAAUAUUCCAAGAUAUGUUUUAGAAGCUACCUAUGGAAUUGCUAUCAUAAAGCCUAGAGAGGAUGAAGAUCCUCAUCGACCUCCAACCUCAGAAGAACUGUUGAUGGCUUAUGGAUAUAUGCGAGGGUUUAUGACGGCUCAUGGGCAGCCAGACCAGCCUCGAUCUGCACGAUACAUUCUCAAGGAUUAUGUCAAUGGUAAGCUGCUGUACUGCCAUCCUCCUCCCGGAACUGAUCCUUUGCUCUUUCAACAUCAACAUCAGCAUCUCCUAGAGAACAGAACGAAUGGUGAUGAAGUAAGAAUGCAGCCAGGCAAAAAUAAGAAAACAAUGCAGAUUGAAAAUACAGUUGAUAAAACUUUUUUCCAUCAAGAGAAUGUGAGAGCUUUGACCAAAGGAGUCCAGGCUGUAAUGGGCUACAAGCCUGGCAGCGGCUUGGUGACUGCAACUACUUUGUGCUCUGAGAUUGCAGCUGGGAAGCCCUGGAAAAAGCAUGGCAACCGAAACAAGAAAGAGAAAAGCCGCAGGCUCUACAAGCACCUGGAUAUGUGA